AUGGCGUCAUCCCAAGAUGACGAGGCAAGUGUGUCCCAGGACUUUGUCAGCCUCAACAUCAACAAUCCCGCGUCUCCGUCCGACGCUUUCGGGGAGCCCCCGCCGCCCAUGAUAUCCAGCGAGGGCAUUAUCGCCAUUGACAUAACUGAGAAAUUUGUGUCGGCUGCUUCUACCUUGGCCCCUGGCGAGCUAAUUAAGGAUGGCUAUUUCACGCUGUUCGAGUCCGUUGGGGCUCUUGAGAUCAUGGAUCCCAAGAUGGACAGCGGGUGCCUAGCGCCAGGGGAGUCUCUCGAUGAAGACUAUGAUGUGACGCGACCUCUGCUUCCGAGUGAAGUACUGGGUAUAAUCGACCAGCUGCUGUCCCUCGAGAUGGCGUGGCACCUCGGUUAUCCGCUCUCUCAGACACUAUUCACAAGUGUUUACAUUGACAGAAUAUUGGUGGCGGAUCCAGCGACGGUGGAGGAGGCUGACUUUAUCAGGAAUCGCGCCCCAGGAGCGGAAGCUAUACUGGGCAUUCUUAGAGCCUACUGCUUAGGCCUACUGAAGUCCUGCUGGUAUGUCAACGAGCGCAUCAAGUUCGAGCACUAUUAUGAAGAGGAAGACUUUGUAACCAACACCUACCACCGAUCACUGCUGGAAAACAUUGACCGGGAUGAGAUCCGCACAGAGAUCAUGUCGGCCCGGAAAACACUUCACAUGUUUAGGUCCGAAAUAUCCGAUGAGAUGGCGCAGGCUCUGGGCUUCCGUCUGGAGCUGAGGACUGCCUUCCUGCGAGCAAUUGAGCUCACCGAGCUAAGGAGUAACCCGGAGUCGCUGAGCCUGCCCUGGUCUCAGCUGCAGUCGGUCUGGGAGGCCAUCUACAAGUCAAGGCACCUGGGGAGGCCCGUUCCGGAGGCUUUUAGCACAAAAAUCCAGCGGAGGCUCGCCAGUACCAUGCCGCCCCGACCCAUUGUUCAGCCGAGUCCCGAAGAGACAUAUGAGCACUUCAAGAAGCUGUUCGCCGAUGGUUUCAAUGUUCUCAACGUUUUGAACUAUCAUGACUCGCAAAGCCUCCUAAAUUUUGUAUUAGCCUUCCAGGCUCAGAAACCCCAGCCCCUAGUGUACAUUCGCACCCUUCUCCAAAACUUUCUCUUCCAGGACAUGGUGAUUCUCGGCCAGAUUAGCAUCCGCCAGCUCGUCGACGACGACUUGUCGCUUGUCGUCCUGCCAGGCAGCAUCCUCCUCGAUCCCGCCAACGAUGCCAUUGAAGCCCCUAAUCACCCGCGUUUCACCAUGAGCCUUCAGAUGGAGCUCUUCCGGCAGCGGGCAGCCCAGUCCUUUCUCGACAUUUUCCGCGCCUUCUGCCAGAACCGGUGUCGCGUCCGUCGAACGCUAUUCCAUUCGAUUCAAGACUGGGAAAUGGUCCAGCUCAACGCCGAAGAAAUCGACCAGAUUCUCCAAACCGCGACCGAGGAGACGCCUCUGAUGUAUAAAGGGAUCCCGUCCUACUCGCUACCCCUGUCCUCAUGGGCCUACUUCUACAAGCUCCGACUGAUGGAGUGGAUUGUCCAGCUCGGCUUCGAGCUCGAAAUCUACCAGCCCGACGAGCUGGCGGGCAUGUACCGGUACCUGAGCUACCUGGCCAAGAACCGGGCGCAGCACACGGAACGCAUCCAGUUCUUUGCCCUGCACCGCCUCGAGUCAACAACCUCAACCUCAACCUCCUCAGGAACCACAGCAGGAUCCCCGCAGGAUCCCAGAUUCUCCCGCUCAAAGUCUUACCUGCAGACCAUGGCCCUCGAGGCAGAAAUGACCUGGAAACUCGCCAACGCGCUCUCGCUCUUCUACGCGGCACUGCAGCGACUAGGCCUAAUACCACGGCUGACGCGACCCUACAGCAACGACUUGUUGCGGUACGAGGUGCGUAUGAAGCCAUUUGCGGGCAUCGGCUUGCCCGAGCUGCUGUCGUUUGGCACGUUUGAGCGCGCCACGUUGAGGCCGGGCACGUCGGCGCCCGACUUGCUCGGCGAUGCCUCGGAAGCUGCUCUCGGGGCUAGGGCCGCGCUCGAGAUUUUAGUACGGGUAACCCCCGAGGAGGCGUGUACCGUGGGAUCUCACGAUAGAUGGGUUGAGGAUAAGAAGAAGGUCCUUAGGGCGGCGAUUGCGGUUGGGGUUGCUGUUGAGACUGUUAGGAGAGCGGUUAUCGCUCAUGAGCAGGGGGAGCCAGGAUUGGGCUUGGGCUUGGAGGUGGAAGUGCCUAAGCCGGAAAAGGGGUAUCACGACUGGUGGAUUGUUCCGAGGGUUGUGGAGGUGGAGAUGAAUCAAACGAAAUAG